CACAGAGUCGACUUGUGAUCCACUGAAAAUGACUCUUAGAUUGUUCUAAGUGUAUUAGUUCUUUUCGUGCGGCGCGAAAGUGUGGCUGACCUACAGACUACAUUAAUCCUUGUGUGGGAUGAGAAGAGGGAACGCUUGCAGUCGAUGACCUCAUUUUUUGAUCACAGUCAACUGCAAAGGCAAGAGACCGCGAAUGCUCAGUGAUGUCCAUGGACAUGGUAAGAUCCCGUUAUAUUCCGGCCCGAGAGAAAAGAGGGAGGAAUAGAUCUCUGUAAUAUCCACCGCGGUGACGAGGUCACGCCGCCCCCCGAACCUGCACUGUGGGAAACCUGCACAAACGUUUGUCGCACGAGAUUCAGCGGACGCACAUGUUUUUCUUGGCAGGGCAUUUUGUUUGAAGACUCACACGAGAUACUACAAUGGAAAAACCAACACACGCUCUGACUGAAGGCUUACAUCUGCGCUGUUGGGAAACGUUUUUUCAGCACAACACGGUCUUCUUUAAGGUAUUGUUUCGGUUGCCCUAGCAAAAUAUAUCAAACACCCUUUCCCCAUGUAUGCAAAUGGCGUCCAAGUUUGGUGAAACAGCCAUCUGUACUCGUUGCUUGUUAUUUCUGUGCUUUCAGUUCGGUUGGCGCUGUAACGGAAAUGGUGUGCCUGACGGCAGACUUCAUUCGGCAGUGCAAGAGAGGAGAUUUCUCUGCGAAAAGGUGCCGACCAACAAGCUUGAGAACGAAACCUGCAAUACAGGGUGAACGCUUGUUACCUGCUGUGACGUCAGACAUUUCUUCGUCAUCUCAUCCUGAAGACACAACGGGGGACACAGGCACCUCCUUUCUUGCAAGAGGUAGAGCUCACACGGAGACGGUGCGGAGCCGAUGCGAAUUUGAAACAUACGAAGAAGCGUAUACAGUUGCCUCUACGUUUUCUCAGAGGCAGGAAGGUGUAACAAAAACUCGGGAACAAUCGACGAAGAACCAAAACAGAUCUCUUGCGCACCUGUCACAUCUGCACUUGAAUUACCGCAAUAUUGACUCUAUCGCUUCGGAAACGGCGUUAGAACUCCCAAAUCUCCAGGUGAACUACAUCCCGCGAGUGAGGAGAGAAUGUCACCUGAGUACGUUGUUCACCCACGGCACCGUAUCAUGCGCACAGAAGUUACUGCAGCGAAUGCCACAACUACAACUGCGUCAUUCUCUUCCCUUUCUUAUGUGA